GAGCGUCCGGCACAGAUUUGGGAGAAGAACUUCAGCAUCUGAAGUUCGUGUGGGUUUUAAGGGUUUUAAUCCGCUCGAGCAAGAUUUGAUCGAACACCAACAGCUCCUGCAGGUUAAAAGACUUGGAACGAUGGCUGGAUUUUCAGGUUUUAACAGCCUUGCUCCUAAAAUCAAGAAUCUUGUGGUGGCGGGAGGCUUGUCCGCCUUUGUAUUUGGGGUGUACUUCUACACCAUGAGAGCUGUCGGGGGCACAGACGAGCUUCAGGUGGCCAUCGACAAGUUUGAAGAGCAAAAACGAGUGGAUAAUGCUUCCAAUUUACCAUCCAAGGCUUGAGUGAGGGAUCGUGGAAGGUACCCGACACGAGACUCUUUGUUUAUUUAGAUCCUGAAGUUGUCUGUUACUUGAAUUUGGUUCGUUUCUUCAUAUGGAAUAGAGAAAUUUCCUUGUUUCUGUUGGAUUUCCGUAGAGAAGUUGUUCAAACACAUUUCAUGUUUUUUAUAUGAACCGGAAUUCCUCUUGCUUGCUCCUUAGUUAAGCAUAAAUAAAAAGCAUGAUGAUAAUCAUGAUUCCUCCUUU